AUGAACAAAGCAGUUGACUUCAAACGUGAUUUGAUAUGUUCAGUACACUGGUCAAAAGGAUUUAGAGACAACUUAGAUGAUCUCCCAGAUAGAGCUUGCCACCCGGACUACGUGAAUAAACAAACAACAAAGAAAGUGACACCACAAAGUAAAAUUGCUGCUGCAAAACGUUCUCUGAGUACGACUAAGCAAACAAACACCAAGAGAAGGAAACUCAUACGUUCAUCCUGUUCACUUGACUUUAAUUCAGAUGAAUCUAAAUUUGACAUAAUGCAAAAAGAAUUACAAGAGCUCAAAGAAAAGCUAGAGAACAAAACCGAAGAGGCAAACAGACUGUCUCAGCAAGUGAAAGACCUCACUGAAAAAAAUGACAGUUUAAGCAAGCAGAUUGCACAAUUUAAAGGGAAGAUGAAAGACUUGACAUUUUCAUAUGAAUGUCUCGAGUUACAACCCAAAAGAUUUUUUUACAUGACUGGAUUAACUGUUGAUGAUUUUAAUUGUGUUUUGGAAUGUAUAGAGCCAUAUAUUUCUGUAAUAAUUUAUCCUGAUUGCAAAACUAACCAAGAUGGGCAAAGAAAACUCACAAAGAGAACUGAAUUGUUGUGUUAUUUUACAAUAUGCCAUCAUACAUUGCACCUUGGAGUCAUGGCUUUCCUCACAAACACAAGUGAUUCAACUAUAUCCCGUAUUUUUUCUGCAUGGUCAAUAUUUCUUUCAACUCUUUUUGAUUCUAUUGACCUCAGUCCAUACCCGGGGGAAGUUAUUUCAUUGUUACCCAAAGAGUUUUGGUCUUCUGGUUUUCAGGACACUGUACUAUUAGGGGACUGUACAGAAAACUGGAUCUCAUCACCUGAAAACUAUGAUGUGAGUAGUGCAACAUUUAGUAAUUACAAGAACCAUGACACUGGUAAGACAGGCAUAUAG